AUGCUUUUCUCUUCAUCUCAACGACAAACCUCUGCGGAACCUCCCAAACUACCCUCCGACCUUGGACCUCCUCUCAUGGACCUCUCAUCCCUCGAGGGACCACCAAUGGUUGGUUCAACAUUCUUUGUCUCAUCAGACAUACCAAGCCCGCGUAUCCAUACAUACACACGUUCUCCGACACGCGUCUUGCGUCCAAAAUCGCUGACAUCAAUUCCCGCUUCAACAAAUAUUCUCUCGCCACAAGAGCACCGAAACAGACGACCUAUAUGGCCGUCUAGCCAUUCAAUAGCCAACGGGCACCUCGGGCAAAAACCGGGCCAUACGAAUAGGACCGAUCCGCGCGGGCCGUCGCCCGACUGCGGACCACGAUAUGUACGUGAGCUGUCCUCAUCUACACAAUCCCAAGAUCGCAGACAAUCACAGAGGUGUUUGCCCCUUACUUGGCUCGAAGAUGAAAAGAAAUGGGUCGUUGGAGAGAUAUACCCGUCGAAUACCCAUGAUUCUCAACCUCAGCAUGACCCAUAUCCUUCUCGACCGCCGAUUUCACCCGCUUCACCUAUCUCACCGUAUCGGGACAUGAUCCAACGCCUUGACGAGCAUAUCGCUUAUAAUAAUCGCCUCGAACGGGAGGGUCUAUUGGACCAGUCCCCGCUCUACGGUGGCCACGGAUUCACUUCAGCACAUCGCGCAGCGCUGAAUGACCGUGUGGCUAGGUGGGUUGCAAUGACUCAGGGAAUGCACCAGGAUCAGGAGUGGGUGUGA